CCAAAAAAAAAGAAAUCGUGAUUUAUAGGCUGACCAAUACGUAAAAUAUGUUAAUUGUGUAAAUAGUUCUCUAAGAAAACAAAUGGUCCAAACAUGAUGUCUCUAGCUCAAUCCGAUCAAAAGUUAUAGGAGUUUUUACCCUUGUAGGAUGGCCACAGGGUGACAAAAUCAAUAGAGACAGAAAAUAAUAUGGUAAAAAGUCAGGAAAAUUGCAUCACUUCAGCUGUGCAAGAAUGAAGGCUACUGGCUAACUGACAGGUUCACUUUCCUGUUGAACUCAUCAUCUUUAUUCUCGAAUCCGCAGGACAUUAAACAAUAUAGAGGCAAUAUGGAUAUCGAUUUGGAGACAUGACAUGAAGUAUUUUCAUAUUUUAGUAUACGCUUUUCGUAUUCAUUCCAAAUUCUUGUUAUUUUUCUCACAAAAACAAGCGUAUCUCUGUGAAAUGUCAACGAAGCACUGAGCAUAUACAAGCUUUUCAUUUUCAAAGCCUUUUACAUUUAAUUCAGAUAUUGUCAUGCUAAUUUUGCUUUUUGCGAUGCGCGUAAAUAACUUUGAAGAAGCAAGCACAAAAUGUAAAAUUCUCAAAACUUGUUACAGAAACCACUGCUGUAUCAACAGAGCUUGGUGCUUAUUAUCAGAUGCAUUAGGUUACGAAAUCCGAAUUGUUGGAUAUAAUGCUAAUGAUAUGUUAGAGAAAGACCCCACUGAAUGAUUAUUGGUAAAAAUGCAUUUUAUAACUUAAGGAAGUGACAUUUCAUCACCAAAACGUGUUUUCACCCACUCUGUGUGGAUAUCUCCCAAUUACUUUAAUAUAUUUUGGUAAGAAACUGUUGAUUUCCAGUCCUUCAGGCAAACUUUCAACAAACUGUACAAUGUUCAUAAAACAUCGUUGCAUAUAGGCUAAUUGCUUUUAUCCAGAAUAUUAGCAAACAUUGCGCAUGAAUAUCCUAACAAUUUAGCGAAUUCAAUGUCAUCAUAUGCCUGUAGAAUAGCCUAAAUCCUUGUCAGAAUAUACGGAAUAGACUACCCAAAGUCCGUGCAAAUGUGCAAUGGAUUUAAAAUGGUUAUGUCAAAUAUGGUAGCCUAUGUCUAAUUUAAUUAAAUCCGUGAGUUUAACCAAUGGGCAUGGAAAGGGUUGUAGUUUAUUACAUGGAUCCCCCAAAAGCUCCUCCCCUGACGCUUGCCAUGAGUUGGGUGUUUAAAGAAGGCGAUCAUAUAAGAGCCCUUGAACAAUUCUUGAGCAGAUCAUAAUCGUAUAGUGUGCGUAAAUCCGUAGGUGCAACUGAGAAGGCCAACGUUGGUUAGCAGAGGAGAACAGGGACGGCCACAGAGGACUCCUACCAGGGCGCAGUGGUGUAGCGUCUUGGUGGUUGCGAUUGUAGCCUAUUUUUUGGAUCCUUUAAUUCUGUAGUGUUUGCUAUUUCAAAAAUAAUGCAGCUAGAGAAUAUUCUUCCCAGCGCAUCAACCAUCAACUUACCCAAGACGUUUUACAACCUCACAUCAUCAGAUAGUGCAAAUAAUAGCCCGGGGCCAUCGCAGAUCGAAUAUCAAGUUGACCGGACAGAAUCCGAACCAAGGAACGGUCCUAAUAAAUAUUUGAGCGGAGUGGGGAACGCCAUGAUGGGUGAGGGAGAGGGCGACGCCUUCACUGGGACUAAAGCUACCCCAGACGGAAGAAAAGGCUCACCGAUGGUCGGUGAGGAUGACCUGUCCACUGGCCGGCGGUACAACAUAGAUGAACUUGGCUCUGACAGAUAUUUCAUCUCGUCCUCUCAGACGAGCUCCGAUAUGGCAAACCCGUGUUCCCUCUUUCCAUACGCAGGACAAACGGGGACAGUGUACAGUGGGUCAAAUGGAUCCAGGUAUUCCUCCCUUCAUUACGGAUCGGUCUUGCCACCGACGGGGUUUUCGUCCUCCGUGUGCACUAGCCGGAGUCAGUUUGGCAGCAGCUACCAGUUCGGCCAGGGUCCAGGAUGCCUGUACCCCUCCUAUCCGGGAACGGGUUCAUGUAUUGGUUCCAUGGCUCUCCCGGGGUCCACACCGGGAGCGAGGGCUCAAGUUUAUCUCUGCAACCGUCCCCUGUGGCUCAAGUUUCACCGAUUCCAGACCGAGAUGAUCAUCACGAAACAGGGCAGGCGGAUGUUUCCAUUUCUCAGUUUCAACAUCACUGGACUGAACUUGACGGCGCAUUAUAACGUGUUUGUUGAGGUUGUGUUGGCCGAUCCAAAUCACUGGCGAUUUCAAGGAGGAAAGUGGGUUACUUGUGGGAAAGCAGACAACAACAUGCAAGGUAACAAGAUGUAUGUUCAUCCUGAAUCCCCAAACACUGGCGCUCACUGGAUGAGGCAAGAGAUCUCUUUCGGCAAACUGAAGCUGACCAACAACAAAGGGGCAAACAAUAAUAACACACAGAUGAUUGUCUUGCAGUCUCUUCAUAAAUACCAGCCUCGGCUCCACAUCGUGGAGGUCACAGAAGAGGGAGUGGAGGACGUAGGCAGUGAGGCUAAGACACAGACUUUUACCUUCCCGGAGAACCAGUUCAUCGCAGUCACUGCCUACCAGAAUACAGACAUCACACAGCUUAAAAUUGACCACAACCCCUUUGCUAAAGGCUUCAGAGACAACUAUGACUCGAUGUAUACAGCCCCAGAGGGUGACAGACUGACUCCCUCCCCGACAGCCUCCCCUCGCUCUCACCAGAUUGUGCCGGGUGCCCGCUAUGCCAUGCAGCCCUUCUUCCAGGACCAGUUUGUCAACAACCUGCCCCAGAACCGCUUCUACACCGGGGAGCGGGCUGUGCCCCAGACCAACAGUCUUCUCUCCCCCCAGGCCGAAGACGUCGGGGCCAGCUCGGCUCAGCGCUGGUUUGUCACCCCAGUCCAGCAGUCAGCCUCCAACAAGCUGGAUCUGUCCUACGACCAGGACUACUCAGCCAGCAGUUUGCUGUCCUACGGCAUUAAGCCCCUGCCCCUCCAAACCUCCCACGCCCUCAGCUACUACCCUGACUCGGCUUUCGCCUCAAUGGCGGCCAGCUGGGGCACCAGAAGCACUUACCAGAGAAAGAUGACCACAGGCCUGCCCUGGUCCCCUCGGCCCAGCCCCCCAGCCUUCACAGACGACCAACUGGCUGCUAGCAAAGACAAGCUGCCCGAGGAGAGCACCGCAGCCUCCACCUGGAUCGAGACCUCCCACUCGCUGAAAUCUGUGGACUCUAACGAUUCGGGCGUGUACUCCAUGGUCUGCAAGAGACGCCGGAUGUCACCUGGUGGGUCGAGCACAGAGAACUCGCCCACCAUCAAGUGUGAGGACUUGACCACAGCGGAAGAGUUCAACAAAGACAACCCCAAAGGCAUGGGCUACUAUGCCUUCUACACAAGCCCCUAAAAAGACUGCAUUUAUUCAAAUCGUAUAAUUUGUUGUUUUUAAUUCAGUGCUCCCCUUUACCUUUUAAACACCCUUUAUUAACUUUUAUCUAAAAGGUGCCAAAGCUUCUUGCUCCCAAGCAAGCUGCACAAGCUCACCCCACAACCCCAUACCUGAACACACACAUGCAUUGUGAUAAAUUGUUGUUUUUAAAACAUGUCCCCAGGUAAUUUUAUUUUUUACAAAUGUGAUUUUAUUUAAAGUAAUUUCGUUGUACAGUAUUUGUGCACUUUAGUAUGUGAUGUAUCUUGUACAAAUUGUCUUCAUGGAGGUGUUAUGAAAUGGGUAAUAAAAACAAUCUUUCAUAAACAAUCGUC